AUUCACAGGAGCGGCCCGACCCCACGAGGCGGCCAGAAUUCCUUAAGGAGAGCCAGACGCGGCUCGGUUUCAACAACAAUGUGUGCCCACGAAAACCGUGGCAGUGGGGGGAUGGCGAGCGAGGUCCGACUUGAAACAGGACCAACUUGAUUGGCGGAAGUCCAAAAGGAAGGGGUUAGAGUCUGAUAUAUGUUCGACCACGCGCCUUCCACAACCACUUCGUGCCCGUGACACACGGUCCAAGGAUAUAAAAAGCGGAAGGCCGAGUCGAAGACGCGAGAGGAUCGAAUUGGAGAAGGGUGAAGGACGAAGGGAGAGGUAGUAGAUGAACUGUGAAUCAUUACGGGGGGAUCAGUGGAGUUUUCGGAUCAGUGUUCAGUUUCGCCCGCAAAUUUUAUAACACGUCGUCCCUCCCCCUCUCCCUCCUAUCAUGAGGAUAACAGUGACCGUCUUGUUUCUCCUUGGGAUUACGAUCCUCCACGAUGCUCGGGGUGAACCGAUCGGCAAAACCGAGGAGGAGAGUGACGAGGCGUUGCUCGACUGCGCGUUACAGGAGAACACGUUGGGAUGUUUGGGCGCGAGGCUGGCAAGAAGCAUGGAUCGAAUCGAGAUGCAAGUGACGGGGAAGAAGAGCGAGACACCGAUGAGCGUGGUGAUCGAGCAGGCUGGUAAUUUCGUGGCCGAACUUGUCGACGACAUUCAAAAUCCCGGAAGAGCGGAUCAGGUGGACGAAACUUCACAACUUGGUGAACACGAGGAAGGACGUGGGAGGAGAAAGAAGAAGAAGAAGCAACUGCAAAAGCUGCUCGGUUUGGUGAUGUUGUUCAAAGCCAAGCUCAGCCUUCUCCUUCAACUGAUCUCGACUCACUUCCAGCUCAAAUUCUUCUUCAUCGCUAUCGCUACCCUCGUCAUCAACGCCACCAAAUUCUGGUUAGACCUGAAGAACGCUAAACCGUCCAAGGUGAUAUAUUACGAGCACGCUCAACACCAGCAUCAUUACGAUCACGACGAUCACGAUCACAAUUAUUGGGGACGAUCCUCCUCCAACGAUUCUCCUCAAGAUUUGCCUUAUUCCGCCUACGCCCCGAAAAAUUGAU